AUGCACAGCCCUUUUGUGAAAAACCUGCCUCUGGUGCCUGACGCUACGCCGGGGUCGGGCCAGCUGCACCCCACACCUCGACUCCCUCCUACGCUGACGCUCGCAGCAUCGCCCACGAUCGACUCGCCGGACAGCGAGUCACCCGCCGUGAUUUAUGCGGAGGCGUUUGCGACCGACGAUGCCACGCCGCAGAUGCCCUCCGGACGCUGGUCGUCCGUGCAGCCCGAAGAGGAGGCACAGCCCGGGGCUGUGGCUGCCAACUCGGUGUGGCCGGAGAGCGAUGCGCCACGGCAGUCGACACCCCCGCCGCCAUCGACGCCGCCGCACGCAUCGACACCGCCGCGCGUGUCGACGCCGCCGUCGAUGCAACGGCACCAGAGUACGGCCGGCCAAUUUGAUAUCCCGACCUAUUACGGAGAUGACAGCGACGACAUGAUCAACGUGAUCGACUCGUACGACCGUGCGCCGACGCGGCAGUUAUCGCGCACAUCGAUGCGCAGCAACGCAUCGCCGUCGCUCGCAGCGAGCAUCGUCGACGAAUACGGGAGCUUGUCGCGCAUGUCUUCGGUGGUGUCCCGCUCCGGUACCUUUCAGAAGCGGCAUCCCCAUGCGACGCUUCCAGAUACGCCGCAGAACAUGUCGGGCAAGCGCCAAGAGGUUAUGCGCCGCGGGACGGCCGAGAGCGACGAUACCGGUGUGAUGAGCGACAGGUACCCGGGCGCCUAUCCAGCGUCAUACACCGGCCUCGAUUCGCCGCUCUCCUCGCCGGGACGCCGCCAGAUUAUCCGUGCGUAUGCGCCGCGCGUCGGCGACACGAGCGAGGCGGACCACUCGGUGGUGUCUUUUCCGGACCAGUCCACGGACCAGUUCAUCCUGCCGCCGGACUAUCAGUCGCAGGUGUUCCUCGGCGACCACCCGGAGCAGCUCUAUGGUGCAGACCGCGACUGGGACGAGCGCAAGCUCGCGGGCAAAAACCACUUUUCGAUUCGCGGCAUUGCCAAUCUGAGCGCGCUCAUCCUGCUUGUUCUGUCUGUGCUCAUGCUCUUUUUGGGCUACCCGUUGCUGAGUGCCUACCGCUCCUUUACCCAAAAUCGCGCGCGUGCGCAGCUCUUGGGCCAGCAGCCCGACGCGCCGAUCCAGACACUCAACAUCGACCACCUGCGCAACUCGCUCAUUGACCCCGACACACCAAUGGAGGAGCGCAACCGGACGCGGUUCCGCGACGGAAAGCCCAUGAAGCUGGUCUUUAGCGACGAAUUCAAUGUGCCGGGGCGCUCGUUUUACCCCGGCGAAGAUCCUUUCUGGCAAGCCGAGGAUCUUCAUUACUGGCAGACGGAGAACUACGAAUGGUACGACCCCGAGACGAUCACGACACAAGACGGCGACCUGGUGAUUACACUCUCGGAGAAGCCUGAGCGCGGCCUCAACUUCCGCGGCGGGCUCUUGUCGAGCUGGAACAAGUUUUGCUUCACGGGCGGCUACCUGGAGGUACGCUUGCAGCUGCCCGGCAGGAACAAUGCCUCGGGCCUGUGGCCUGCCGUGUGGACGAUGGGCAAUCUCGGUCGUGCUGGCUACGGUGCGUCGACCGAGGGCCUGUGGCCGUACUCGUACGACUCGUGCGACGUCGGCACGAUGACGAACCAGACCUACCUGGACAGCCAAGGCGGCGGCCCCGUUGCCGCCGAGACGUCCGGGCACUAUGUGGACCAGUACGGCCCAGCGCUGAGUUUCCUGCCCGGGCAGCGCCUGAGCCGGUGCACAUGCCCGAACAGCGACGACCACCCCGGCCCCAGGCACCCCGACGGCACGUUUGUCGGCCGUUCUGCGCCCGAGAUCGAUGUGCUGGAAGCCGCAGCAAACAAUGGCGAGGACGAGCAUGGCCAGGUGUCCAUGUCGCUCCAAGUGGCGCCUUUUGACGAUGCGUACAACAUCUCGCAGGCGAACGGGGGGUUUAUCAAUCACAACAACUCGAAGCAUGCCGCGAAGCUGAAUGACUAUACCGGCUCCUCCUUCCAGCAGGCGGUGUCUGCCAAGGUGAAUACGACGGACGCCGCUUAUCAAUACACGGGGGGUGAAUACGAUGAAUACGGCUUCGAGUACAGUCCAGGCGGCGGCCCUGACUCGUACAUUACGUGGACCUUGUCCCAGGAGCCUGCAGUCACCUUUAAUGCCACGGCGCUUGGGCCGAACCCAAGGACAGAGGUGGGGCAGCGCCUCAUCCCUCAGGAGCCCAUGUACAUCCUGAUGAACCUCGGCAUUGCGUCUUCCUUUGCUUGGGUGAACUGGGACGUACUCAGCGCCGAGUUCCCUGCUGUGAUGCGCGUGGACUAUGUUCGUGUCUGGCAGGAGGUGGACAAGAUCAAUGUCGGUUGCUCGCCUCCCGACUUCCCCACGGCGGCGUACAUCGAAAAGCACCAUGAUGCAUAUCACAACACGCAGUAUACCUCUUGGCUUCGGCCCAAAGACGAGGGAGGCUAUGAUCAUCCUUUCCCUGGGAAUAUGCUCAAGGGCGAAUGCUAG